GAGCGGCGCCCGAGCGCGGCGGGGAGAGCGAGCGCGCCGGGGAGGGUGCGAGGCGGCGCCCGCGGCUGCGCUGCGCCCGCCUCCCGGCAACUCUACCCCAGCGCCCCGCGCCGUGCGCGCAGUCCCGCCACCGCCGGGGUGCCGCCGCCUGCCGUCGCAGGCAGGGGUCUGGUCGGGACAGGGGUCCCCACCCGGGGACCGGGGCAUCCCGGUGCAGCCGAGAGCCUCAGUGGCGACCUCUCCAGGCCGGGCCGGGCACGGCACCCGAGGCGAGCGCGGCAACCACCGCAGCUCUCCGAAGGCUCCCGCGCCCCCGGGGGCAGCUGGGCGCGGUAAUGCCCUCGGUGAUGGAGAAGCCGAGCGCGGGCUCCGGGAUCCUGUCCCGCAGCCGGUCCAAGACGGCGCCCAACGGCGGACAGCCCCACUCGGAGGAUGACAGCAGCGAGGAGGAGCACUCGCACGACAGCAUGAUCCGCGUUGGAACCAAUUACCAGGCCGUAAUUCCGGAGUGCAAGCCUGAGAGCCCCGCACGCUACAGCAACAAGGAGCUGAAGGGGAUGCUGGUGUGGUCGCCCAACCACUGUGUGUCAGAUGCCAAGCUUGACAAGUACAUCGCCAUGGCCAAGGAGAAGCACGGCUACAACAUUGAGCAGGCACUGGGCAUGCUCCUGUGGCAUAAGCAUGACGUGGAGAAGUCGCUGGCCGACCUGGCCAACUUCACCCCCUUCCCCGACGAGUGGACUGUAGAGGACAAGGUGUUGUUUGAACAGGCCUUCGGCUUCCACGGCAAGUGCUUCCAGCGGAUCCAGCAGAUGCUGCCCGACAAGCUGAUCCCCAGCCUGGUGAAGUAUUAUUACUCUUGGAAGAAGACCCGUAGCCGGACCAGUGUGAUGGACAGACAGGCUCGGCGGCUGGGGGGCCGAAAGGACAAAGAAGACAGCGAUGAGCUUGAAGAAGGACGAGGAGCCGUGAGUGAGGGAGAGCCAGAUGCCGGAGACCCCAAGAGAGAGCCUGUGCCCUCUCGGCCCCUGAAUGCCCGCCCAGGUCCGGGGAAGAAGGAGGCGCAGGGGUCUCAGUACCGCCACCACCCGCUGCGAACCCGACGGCGCCCACCCAAGGGCAUGUACCUGAGCCCAGAGGGCCUCACUGCCGUGUCAGGAAGCCCGGAUCUUGCCAACCUCACGCUUCGAGGCCUUGACUCCCAGCUCAUCUCCCUCAAGCGCCAGGUGCAGAGCAUGAAGCAGACCAACAGCAGCCUCCGCCAAGCCCUGGAGGGGGGCAUUGAUCCACUCCGCCCCCCCGAGGCCAACACCAAGUUCAACUCCCGCUGGACCACGGAUGAGCAGCUUUUGGCUGUGCAAGGUCCAGAUUACAUCUGUCUCAACGUCGGUGCCCCGAUCGGUGCCCCCUGCACCACCCCCUCCUCCACCUCCCACCUCGCUGUCCCAGCCGCCCCCGCUGCUGAGGCCACCUUUGCCCACGGCUCCCACUCUGCUUCGUCAGCCACCCCCACUCCAGCAGGGCCGCUUCCUCCAGCCCCGGCUGGCCCCCAACCAGCCCCCACCACCCCUCAUCCGCCCUGCUCUGGCUGCCUCCCGCCACAGUGCCCGCCCUGGCCCUCAGCCCCCACCCACCCUGAUUGGAGCCCCUCUGGAGCCUCCAGCACCCUCACUCUGAGCCCUGAGGCCCUCUACCAACCAGAGGCUCCAGAACCCCUUUGCUGGACAUCCUCAGACACCUCUGGCUUCCCUGAGGCCAGAAGGGACUAGAGCUCUUGCCAGGCCUUUUGAAGACCCGAGCAGCCGAUGGGCACAGCCUGGACCCGCGGGUUCUGCACAUCUCUGGCAGCUGAGCCUGUCUCUGCCCCCAUCCCAGCCAGCAGCUGGGACUCAGUGGCUUCUGAGCUGGCCUGAGGGUACUUUCUUCCUGGCUGGGACUGGAAUGGCUGUCUCCGAGUUGGCUCGGGCUUGGCCUCUGGGCCGUGCCCGUUGUGUAGAGGGGGUAGACUCUAGCUUGGUGGGUAGGGGAGAGGACAGUUCGACGUGUGGGCUGUUCUCCCUCCGUCCCUUCUUUCAGCAAUAAGUCUGGGGUGAGCUGGGGAGGGGCCCGCAGGGGGUUGGUGGGCAGAGGUUCCUCGGGGCCUGAGGUGAGCAGGGCUGGAGGGGCAGCUCUCCUGUCUGUCUUCAGGGGCCCCUGGGGAAUGCCGAGGAGCUCUGAGGGAGCCCACUGUGCCCCCCACCCACAAGCCUGGAGAAAGGAGGACUGGGAACAUAUGCAGA